AUGCUGGCGCGCUUCGUGUGGCUUAUAGCUGCGGGACUGCUUGCGAUUGUAAAUGGGUUCACAGCAGAUGAGGCAGAAAUAUUCAAUCUUCAAAAGGUGCUCACGGACAAGUAUGGCAAGGACAUGAACCUGUACCGAUUCCUUAAACUCGAGAAGCUUGAGAAGUCUGAUGGGCGGGAGAUCACCCGGCAGAUGCGGGCGCUGGCCAAGAAGUACCAUCCAGACAAGAACCCGAAGUACAAGAAGCUCUACGAACGGCUACACCUGGCGGCGCAGAUUCUGACGGACGGCGAGAAACGCAAGACGUACGACUACUACCUGGACUACGGGUUCCCGGAGUACCGGGUGGACAAGCGAGGAUUUGUAUUCCAGCGGGUGCAGCCGAAAACGUGGGUUGUGCUAGCGUUCGUGCUCGUGGCCACCAGCGCGAUACACUGGACGGUGCUGAAACUGCAGCACCGGUCACGCGUGAGGCGUGUGGAGGGCUUUUUGCGCGAGGUGAAGGAGCAGGACGAUACUCUUGGGCUCGGGGAAAAACGCCUGCAGCUCCAGCUGGGCGACUCUGACCCGCAGGAGGUGGUGGUGAGGUUUGGAGACGUUUUCGUGGUCCAAGAGAACAACACCGAGACGCGGAUCUGCGCGGAGGAGCUGCGCGCGCCAGGACUUCUAGACACACUAAUGUUUGCGCUGCCGAUGUGGGCGGUUGGCCGUGUGCGCGCGCCGUUCAGAAAGCAGACGGAGCCAGAAGCACCGGUUCGCACCGAACCAGCGGCGGUCAAGAAGAAGAGCCCAAAGCCCAAGGGCAAGGGUCAGAAGUGGCAACUGCCAAACGGCAAAGUACUAUACAGUAGGGCGAAAAAGGACUGA